AUGCCAGCAGCAACAGAGAAUGGCCAUGCGCCAAAGGGCGGGGCCAAGCCCGUACAGAGGAUUCAAAGAAGCAAGAGUCCGUUGCGGUGGACGAUCGGCCUGGUGGUCCGGCUCUGCAUCUGGUACACGCUUCUGACCCCAUUUCUACGAUGCCCCUCAGAUCUCUCGCAACUGGACAAGUCGUCGCCUCGAGUCUGCAAGCCCUAUUUGAUUGCGCGUUCGCAGGUGGAGCCCUAUGUCACGCCCUAUUACAACACAUAUGCGGCGCCGUACGUGGACCAGGCAUGGCCAUACGUGGAAGUGGUCCACGAGCGGGUGUACGUCCCAGCAUCGGAGGUGGCCAAGCUGGGCUACGACCGCUACGGCGCGCCGGCUCUGGGACAUGUGCAGGCCUUUGGCGCGGAGCAAUGGAGAACCCAGGUGAUGCCCGUCGUGCGGAUGGCUCAGGAUAAGGCGGAUGGGCUCUACAUGGCUCAAGUGGACCCGUAUGUCCAGCAGGGUCUGAAUGUGGUGUCGCCAUACUAUCAGAAAGCAAACGCCGCGGCCUCCACCGUUUACUGGGACCACUUCGUGCCCUUCUACACCCAGUCUAAACCCUUCAUUGGGAAGACGUACGUCACCGGACAGGAUAUUCUGGCCACGCAUGUGAUGCCUGGGGUGCAGUAUACCUGGUCGUCGGUGGUCUAUUUUGCCAACAGCUCGUUGUGGCCUCAUGUCACUGGCCUCUAUUCCGAACAGGUUGAGCCCCAACUUGUCAAGAUUGGACAGCGUCUGGCGAGCUAUCGAGAGGGCAAGAAACUGCGUGCUGUGGUGGAGGACGUGGACAGCAGUUCCUCGGAGCAGCCCGUCUCAACAGUUCCCGUGUCGGAGGAAACGGAACACACCUCGAGCACCACCACCACGACUUCAACAGCCACCCUCGAAGUUCAACCACCGCCUCCCCCAGCCCCGACACUGUCGCCUACUGAGCAAGCACAACAAGACCGCGAGCGAAUCGACUCUGAUCUUCAACGGUGGCAAGGAAAGUUUGCGGCUGCGGCUGAUAAAGGGAUUGAGGACCUUGAAGCGCGCAUCGACGCAAUUGUAUCUGCUCUCAUUGCGAGCAGCGUGAAAGGUCACGGUGAGAGCCUGUCAACGGCGCUCGAAACCGUCUCCAACGAACGGGUCUCCUCUCUCAAACAGCACAUCAAUGAGAUGGUCGAGUCCUUGCCGGAGGAAGAAGCGCCAGAAGCUGAACAAGCCCUUCUUGAGCAGCUUGUUGGAGAUAUCCGGCAGUCAGCCAUCUCCGUUCGAGAUCGCGCCCAUGCACUCCGUCAAUGGUACCUCGGAUUUGAUGAUGAGCUCAUGCGGCGCGUUUCCGCCGCGGUCAAUUCCACCUUGGAUGUUCUUGACAGCAUUCGUGAUCUCGGAUUGCAGGAAGUCGGAACCCGCUGGGCAUGGAUGGACAGCGUAACCUACGAGGAUUGGACAAAGUACCAUGCUCUCAAGGCACAAUUGGAGGACUGGCGCAAUGAAAUCCGCGAGGUUGGCGUCAACCACAAGUCGGUAGCUGAGGCCAAGUCCGUGGCAAACGAGAUCCUGGACCAUGCCAUGGAAAUCGCGGAACAGACCGCCAAGGAACUGGUCAGACUCAAGGACGUCGGUCAGUGGAAGAUGGCUGCUCGCGAAGUCAGCGACAACUUUGACACGAGGACUGAACCCCCGCCACCGCGACCACAGCCUGUUAAGGAGAACGAAGAAGAGUCUGAAGAGAAUGCCGACGGCGACCACGACGACACUUCAGAGUCUCAUUCGGAUAACACUGCAACUGCUUCUGAAGAUGAGGGGGAUACUGUGCUCGAGUCAGAGAGCCCCGAACCUACCGCCGACGAAGAUGUUUCCGACAACAUGGAUGAAGCGUCUGACUUCGACAUCGAGGAGGAGAUUCCGCCUGAGUCCGUCCUGUCUGACGAAGCUGGCGAGCACCACAAAACCUUCUCCAGUGUGCCUUCUUGGGGAGUUGCCGCCGCCGAUGUGGGAUCUCAACAAGACCCCAUUCUGGAUGAUGACGACCAAGACCGAUGGGAAAGCUGGGCCAGCCAAGUUGACGACAAAGCGAGCUCGGCGAUUGCACCUUUGGCUCACAUCUCGUCCAUUGCGUCGUCGCGGUUGAGUGAAGGUCUUAGUUCGGCUUCGAUGCAUAUGGCUCAGUUCCGACAGCCGGCGUCUACAACGGAAGCCGCCGGUGUCUUUCCCCAUGUGCUUGACGCCCAGCGCCGCUACUACGAGGCAGUCGGGCUAGCUCAUGACCACUAUAGUGUCUUCAUUUCUACUGCCUCUCAAGCAGUUUAUGGCACUCCCACGCCCACUCCUGCCCCCGGAUUCCAAGGCAUCAUUGACGAGGCCGGAUCUAGAUAUGAGCACGCAUCCUCGCUGGCCUCUGCCAGUCUUUCCGCUGUCAUAGCGUCCGCAAGCUCUCUCAUGUCCCAGGCAGACGAUAGCAAAGCACGGAGUAUCAUCAACGAGGGAACCUCUCGGUACAAGGAUGCCCUCUCUGCCGCUGAGGCCACGCUGUCAGUGGCUUCUGCGUCUGCCAGCUCCGCCAUCUACGGAACUCCGACCGGCACCAUGGAGGCGCUUGCCAGCCAAGCGUCCGAGAACUGGGAAAACUUGGUCUCGAAGGCCAGCGAACAAGUCUACGGCACUCCCCCGCCGUAUCUCCAGCAGGUGGUGAAUGAUCGCCUAGUGCAGUUCGAGGCUGUCCAGGAGCUGGUGUCUGAGCUGGUCAUUGGCAAGCAACCUUCUUUCACCGAGAGUGUGAUGAGCAGGCUGCACGCUGCCUACCAAACGCCUUACCCAGCCGCCGCCGUGUCCUUUGCAUCGAGCUACAUUUCAGAAGCUUAUGAUUCUGCGUCUUCGGCCGCUGCUUCUAUCGCGAGCGAGGUGCCUACCGUCGAGGAUGUCGUUGACAACGUGAAUGAGCAAGCCCAUGCGGCCGCUGGAGCCAUUAGUGCCGGUAUCUACGGCACCCCGAAGGGUUCAUUCGAGCAGGCCACGGAAGCCGCAGCUGAUGCGUACGCCACGGUAUCCGCCAGCGCCAGCAGCGCCAUCUACGCCCAAGAGCCCGAAUACAUGCAGAUCGCCCGGGACGCGAUCAAGAACAUCCGACUUAAAUAUGAAGCCGCCAUCUCGGGCGAUGAGACCGGAGCAGUCGAUGAGCUUUCCUCGGCACUCAAGGACGCGAAGCUCCGGUUGCACGAACUCGCUUCCAGCGCAACUAGUGCCAUGUCUGACGCUGCCGAAACGGCCUCUUCGCAUGUGGCCGAUGUGACCAGUAGCCUCACCGGCGAGGAUGCUACCGAAAUGGGCAAGGAUGAAUUGUAA